CGAAACGCACGUGCAGUAGAGAAAAGCGGCUCGGAGUGCCUCAGAGUUAGUGUGCUGCCUCGUGAAAAGAGUCGGAACGUCGUUUUGGGGUAUAAUUUCUAAGAGGUGUGUGCGCGUGUUACUGUGAGUAAUAAGGUACCGGCUUUUAGAGUCGCGUAAAAGUUUUGAAGAAAUUGUCAAAGAACAAUGACAUUGGGCGCACAAAUUGAGACCUCUACGGAAAAUGGGAGUAUGAAAAACCCUCUGCUGAAUGGCAAUGAGGAUCGAACAAGUACUGAUAUGAAGGAAGUUACAGAAGAAACCGGAAGUACUAGUGCAGUCGCGAAGAACGUAGUUGAGAAGGGUGAAGUCGAAGCUACAAAAGAAAAAGGGAAUGAGAAAGAAAAAGAGAAGGAAAAGGAAGACGACAAGAGUAAGAAAAAUGAUAAGAACGAGAAAGAGGAUGGCGAUAAAGAUGCUGGAAUCGAGCAAGAAAUUGUUUUCAUUCAAGAUAUGGGAUUCACCGUUAAGAUUGUCAGUCCAGGUGCUGAGCCCUUUGAUAUCCAAGUUUCUAGUAUGGAGUUGGUUCAGGAAAUUCACCAGUUGCUCAUGGAUCGUGAAGAUACGUGUCAUCGAACAUGUUUUUCCCUUCAACUUGAUGGUAACACACUGGAUAAUUUCGCCGAACUAAAAAAUAUUGAAGGCCUAAAAGAAGGUUCAAUAAUUAAAGUUGUGGAAGAGCCGUAUACAAUGCGAGAAGCGCGUAUACAUGUUCGUCACGUUCGAGAUUUAUUGAAAUCUGUAGAUCCUGCAGACGCUUACAAUGGCGUUGAAUGCAGCAGUUUAUCGUUUCUAAACAUAGUCACUAAUGGCGACAUUCUCGAAAAAAAAAAGAGCAGAGCAGACUCGGUUGAUUGUACUCCACCUGAUUACAUUAUACCUGGCUGUAAAGAUAGGCCAUUGUUACCGUUACAACCGCAAGCCAAAGAACAAAAAUGUCCUCCCUGUUUAAAAGUAUUAACAACGUCUGGGUGGAAUCCACCACCUGGUCAUAGAAAGCUUCAUGGUGAUUUAUUAUACUUACACGUAGUAACAUUAGAAGACAAACAGUACUAUUUGACUGCGUGCGCUAGAGGUUUCUUUCUUAAUCAAUCUACAAAAGAAGUAUUUAAUCCGAAACCGGCAACACCGAGUCAUCUGUGUCACAGUUUAAUUGAAUUAUUAAAUCAGCUUAGCCCAGCAUUUAAGCGAGGUUUUGCUGCUAUGCAGAGACGAAGAACGCAAAGACAUCCAUUUGAGCGAGUAGCCACACCUUAUCAGCUUUACUCUUGGUGUGCACCUCAGAUUGAACAUACAAUCGAUGCAAUACGCGCCGAAGAUACUUUUUCUUCCAAGCUGGGAUACGAAGAACAUAUUCCCGGCCAAACUCGAGACUGGAAUGAAGAGUUACAGACAACGAGAGAGUUACCUCGUAAAAAUUUACCCGAAAGAUUACUUAGAGAACGUGCUAUUUUUAAAGUUCACAGCGAUUUUGUUGCUGCCGCUACUCGAGGUGCGGUAGCUGUAAUAGACGGUAAUGUAAUGGCAAUAAAUCCUGGUGAAGAAGCGAAAAUGCAAAUGUUUAUUUGGAACAAUAUUUUUUUUUCCCUUGGAUUUGAUGUCAGAGAUCAUUACAAAGAGCUUGGUGGUGAUGCUGCUGCUUUUGUUGCGCCUAAAAAUGAUUUACAAGGUCUCAGAGUAUAUGCUGCCAUUGAUCUACCUGGUCCCUAUACACUUGGUACUGUUGUAAUUGAUUAUAGAGGAUAUCGUGUCACCGCUCAGUCAAUCAUCCCUGGAAUCUUGGAACGUGAGCAGGAGCAAUCUGUUGUUUAUGGUUCUAUAGAUUUUGGGAAAACAGUUCUCACGCAUCCAAAAUAUCUUGAAUUGCUGAACAAAACCGGUCAACUGUUAAAAAUUCUACCUCAUAAAGUUAUCAAUGAAGCUGGAGAGGAGAUUGAACUCUGCAGCAGUGUAGAAUGUAAAGGCAUUAUCGGGAAUGAUUCGCGGCACUAUGUGUUGGAUUUAUUGCGAACUUUUCCUCCUGAUGUUAAUUUCCUCAAAUUAGAGGAAGUUGAACUAAGCAAAGAAGCUAGAGCUUUAGGUUUCCCAAUUGAACACAAGCAUAAACUAGCUUGCCUUCGUCAAGAAUUAAUCGAUUCCUUUGUCGAAGCUAGAUAUGUGCAAUUUAUUAAACAUGCCGCUUUUCACCUUCAACAACUUACAUCUGCAAGAAGAGUGCAGAAGGAAAAUGAAACUACUGUCAAGGAAGGUAAAAAAGAAGAAUUGAAUAUCGUUGCAGUGGAUAGUAAUAAAGAAGAUUCUACUCAUAGUUUAAUAGAAACAGACGAAGCCAAAAAAAUUGUAGAGAGCAUUACUGAUUCUAUCAGUGGAGGAGAAAAACAAGAAUUGGAAGAAAGUACGAAAGAAAUAGUUCGAAGGGCUGCAGCAGCCGUCGGUAGUUUACGAGAAGCUGAAUUUGAUGUUAGAUUUAAUCCAGAUGUAUUUUCUCCGGGUGUUAAACAUCCAGAUCCAAAUGGUCCUGCUUUAAAGAAACAAAAACAAUUAGUGCAAGAUGCUGCUGAUUUCUUACUUACUGUACAAAUUCCUACUUUUAUUCGAGAAUGCUUAGAUCAUACAGUUGCUGCAAUGGAUGGUAGUAUAUUGGUAGAAGCUUUACAUGGUAAAGGCAUCAAUGUACGAUACCUUGGUAAAUUGACAGAUAUGUUAUCCACUGUUUCACAAUUGGAAUAUCUUCAACGUAUCGCUGUUUCGGAGCUUAUUUUACGCUCGGCGAAACACAUUUUUACAAUUUAUAUGCAGGGUACGGAAUUAAUGAGCCUUUCUGCAGCAAUUAGCCAUUUCUUAAAUUGUUUAUUUUCCUCUGCACAAGUUAUUCAUCCGCAUCAAAAUCUGGAAGAGCUUCAAAGUAAAACUGCCAAACGACGUAAUAAGAGAAAAGGUAGAAAUAAUGGUCCACAACAGUCCGAAGUGGAAUGGGCUUCCUUGACACCUAAGUCUCUUUGGCAGCAAAUUAAAGCAGAUUUAAAAAGUUAUUACGAUUGGGAGACACCGUGUCCAGAAACAUUGGACGCCACGAUAGAACAUUUUCAUCUGCAAAAAAUUUCUUUGCUUCGCAAUUUCUGUAUAAAAACCGGUAUUCAAAUUUUGUUACGCGAAUAUAACUUCGAGAACAAAAAUAGAUCCACAUUCUUUGAAGAAGAUAUACUUAAUAUAUUCCCCGUUGUGAAGCAUAUCAAUCCUAGGGCUAGUGAUGCAUAUAAUUUCUAUACAACUGGUCAAAGUAAAAUUCAACAAGGAUAUUUCAAAGAUGGAUAUGAACUAAUCAGUGAAGCAUUGAAUUUAUUGAAUAAUGUCUAUGGUGCCAUGCAUCCCGAAAUUGCACAAUGUCUCAGAAUGCUUGCGCGAUUGAAUUACAUAAUGGGUGAUCAUGGGGAAGCUCUUGCUACUCAACAAAAAGCAGUUCUUAUGUUAGAAAGAGUCAAUGGAAUAGAUCAUCCAUAUACUAUUACCGAAUAUAUUCGUCUAGCUCUAUAUUGUUUUGCCAAUGGUCAAGUUUCUGUGUCACUCAGGUUACUAUAUAGAGCACGUUAUUUGGCCUUAUUAGUUUGUGGUGAAGAUCACCCAGAAGUAGCACUCCUUGAUAGCAAUAUUUCGUUAAUACUUCAUGCUGUUGGAGAAUAUGAAUUGUCGCUUCGCUUUUUGGAACAUGCUUUGACUUUAAACAUUCGAUAUCAUGGAUCACGAUCUUUAAAAGUUGCUGUUUCUUAUCAUCUUGUUGCAAGAACUCAAUCUUGUAUGGGUGAUUUUCGGGCGGCUUUAAAUAAUGAAAAAGAAACCUAUGCUAUUUAUAAACAACAGUUAGGCGAAGACCACGAAAAAACCAAAGAGAGUAGUGAUUGUUUGAGACAUUUAACGCAACAAGCCGUAGUCUUGCAGAAAAAAAUGAAUGAAAUUUAUACCGGAAAGUCCGGUGUUAGCUUACCGCCAAUUCAGGUGCAACCACCAAGUAUGGGAUCUGUACUUGAUAUGUUAAACGUGAUUAAUGGUAUUUUAUUCGUUCAAAUCAGUCAACAAGACAUUGAGAAUUUUAAGGCAGAAAUAGGGAAACGACAGAAGGAACAAACACCUGACCGAGAAACGAAGGUUCUUCAAAAUGGAAAUAAGAAAACCGAGAAGGAAAACAAGAAAGAAGAAAAAGAUAACAAUAAAAAAGAGGAGAAAGAGAAUAAAAAGAAUGAAAAGGGAAGUAAAAAGGAAGACAAAGAGAAUAAAAAAGAUGAUAAGGAAAAUAAGAAAAUAGAAAAAAAGGUAGAAGCGCAGAAAGAGUUGAAAAAGUUGGAGGAAAAUAAGACAACGUUAGAACCGGUAGUUGCAGAGAGCUGAGCUCGUUUUAAACCGCUAAUGAUGAUACUUAGUAGUUUCUUUUCUGAGUCCUAGUCUUUUCCUGCCCACGUUGGAUCUUUUUUAAGAGUAACGCGAGUAUGGCAUAUAUAACUGAUUGGGAUAAAAUGAAAAUGACAAGUGUUCGCUCGAAAUGAGGAUCGUUAUUUGAUGUAUCGUAUAUACGUUUAUAAAGUGCUAUCAGAAUCGAACUUUUAUAUUGUGGCGAUCAACGACAGUAAAGGUGAAAUUUUUCGAAAGAAUUAAAUUUCCUAACAUUCGCGAUGCUCAAUUAUAAUAUGCCAAGCUGCAAAAUUUAUAUGACUGAUUUAUAAUGCACAUAACAGAUAUAAAAAGAAAUUGAUUCUGCACUUAUGUAAAUAAUUCUGAAUUAAAGAAUUCAUUGCCUUAG